AAAACACAAACAUCCUCUUGCUUUUGGAUGGCACAGCGCGACUGGAACGAAAGUAUUUUUUUCCUGGGAGUUUUAUGAUCCAACCUCGGAAGUAUUUGCGGAGCGAAACCAAAUUUCUGCCCGUAGUGACCGGUCCGGUACUGAUUGUUUCAGAAAAUAGUGUUUCGAGUGCAUUUUUUUCGGUGUUUGUAGUGCAUUUAGUGAUCGAACAUUCUGGCGAUUCGUCCGGCAAGUUAAAACCGGAUCUGCGAUACGAUGGCCAUGGGUGCGAAGCAGGAAAACUGGCGGGACAUCAUUGCGGAACGGCUCCGGGAGCGAAACAGAAAUGAGACAUCCCGAUAUGCGGAUAUUAUUGCCUACAAUAAUCGUCUCUUCGACGCAGCUGCCAAACUUCGUCAGGAGAAUCUCGAGCUAAAAAUCGACAAAAAAAUCCGCGAUAGCUCCGGUGGAACGUCUGGAACGGAUUUGAACAACGCUCAGAUCCAAGCGCUCGAGAAGAAGGUGCUAGCCCAACAGGAAGAGCUAACCGACCUUCACAAGCGCAAGGGUGAACAUUCCCAGAUGGUCAUUACUUUGAACCAAAAGCUGACCGAAUUACAACGAACACUGGCCGAAAAGGAGAAAGCCCUAGCGGAACAAACUGCAAUGAAUGUGGCCAUGAGGGACGAGCUAGAAGAGCUUAAGACUUCAUACAUUACAAUCAAGGACGAAUCCUUAGCCUGGCAGCUAAAUGCAAACUCUGCGGAAGAGCGACUAAGAGGUGUUCAAGAAGAAAAUGCUAAACUGUUGAAAUUACUGAUGGAAUACAAAUCGCGCGAUGCGGAGAUUAUGAACAAAGAAAACGACAAGUUUUUCCGAGAAAAGAAAGCUCGAAUUGAAAGUGAACUGGAACGAGCAAUCAAGGACAUUCCGGGCCCAUCGUCAUUGGGCGGUUUGGGAUCCGAUAUGGAUCGAUUCGAUUUCGGUUCCGAUGGCCCUCCGGAGGGCAUAGAGUUUAAAUUCGAUGCUCAUGACGGCGAAGUGAACGCGGUUCGCUGGAGUCCCGUAGAGCGAGUGGUUGCUACUGGUGGUGCUGAUAGGAAAGUAAAGCUAUGGGAUGUGGGAAAAGGUGUUUGUGAACCCAGAGGUACUUUGGUUGGUAGUAACCAGGGCAUCAAUUCAGUGGAAUUUGAUAGCACCGGUUCGUUGAUUCUAGCUGCUUCAAAUGACUUUGCCAGUCGCGUGUGGACCGUUUCUGAUCAACGUCUUAGGCACACUCUGACGGGGCACAGCGGCAAGGUGCUGGCGGCGAAGUUUCUCGGUGCCUCCUUCCUGGUCACGGGGAGCCACGAUCGGACGCUGAAAAUCUGGGACCUCAAAAAUCGGUCGUGUACGGAAACGAAAUUUGCCGGCUCCAGCUGCAACGAUCUGGUCACGACCGACAGCUUUUCCAUCAUUAGUGGGCACUUUGAUAAGAAAAUCCGUUUCUGGGACACCCGAACGGCCGACUGCACCGCCAACGACAUCCCGCUGCAGGGGAAAAUCACCUCCCUGGACCUGUCCAAGGACGGCAAGUUUCUGCUGUGCUGCGUGCGGGACGAUACCAUCAACCUGCUGGACCUGCGGCAGAACAAAAUUGUACGGACAUUCCGACACGAUCUCUACAAAGUGGGUUGCGACUGGGCUCGGGUGUCUUUCAAUCCCACUUGUCAAAGAAUCGCGGCCGGUGCGGCUGACGGGUCCGUUUACAUCUGGAAUGUGAACGGCCCGCUGGAGACAGUGUUAAAAGAUCCUAAGUCUGAUCGUGAUUGGUUUUUUCACAGUGGAAGUGGCGCCGCCGUGACCGCCGUCAGUUGGCACCCGUUUAGCUCCGUCCUGGCAUCGGUAGACCGGGCCAAAAAGUGCACAAUUUGGUCUAACGCUUAGCGAAUCGCCGCCGCCAAUCGACUCAAGUCCGCUAGCACUAAUACUUUAUACUACUACAGUUCUAUAGUGUUCCGUUCCGUUGUUUCAUCGCUCUUAUCGAAGCAUCACCAUUUCGUCACAAGAAGGGGGUUCCGGUGCGUGUGUUUGUAGUGUUGUUCCUGUAUAUUCGUGCUAAGUUGUGUAUGAGUAAGUUUAAUUGAUUUUGUAACGAAAAUGAUUGUUUUUCUUUUUCGUGUUAAAGUUCUCGAUAUUAUAUUUUUCUAUAUAGAACUUUUGUAGAUUCGUCCUUUGAAUAAUUUUACAUACAUUUUUCGAAAACACGAAACUGUACUCCAAAAUUCUACAGUCGAAAUAUACUCUUCAGAUAAAACAGUAA